ACUGAAAGAUGACUUCAUAAAUUGGUGUUUCUUUUCUUCUCUUGUUCCCACCCGUAAUUACGCGUCGUGGUCUGCUCUGUCCUUGUCGAUGUUAUCCAACAGUAGGAAAGGAUUUCAGUAGCAUAAGGUAAGCAUCCGUAAAAGUAACGAUUUGGGGUGAGGGGAAUGGCUGUGGCACGAAGACUAAAAUGGGCAUAUUGGUUUUGGCUGAUUCCGAUUUGCAUCUUCCUCUCGGCGGCUAAGGAGGCAAAGGCAGCGCAACAGAAGCUGCGGUUUGGGAAAAAUGGAGAAUUGAAGAUUUUGCAGGUUGCAGACAUGCACUAUGCUGAUGGAAAGACUACCCACUGCUUAGACGUGCUUCCUUCUCAGUAUACUUCCUGCUCUGACCUCAACACCACCGCUUUCAUCCAAAGAAUGAUCCUUGCUGAGAACCCCAACCUUAUUGUCUUCACUGGGGAUAAUAUAUUUGGAUUUGAUUCCUCCAAUUCGGCUAAAUCAUUGGAUGCGGCAUUUGCACCUGCAAUUGCUUCAAACGUUCCUUGGGUAGCUGUUUUGGGGAACCAUGACCAAGAAGGAACCCUCUCUAGGGAAGGGGUGAUGAGACAUAUUGUUGGGAUGAAAAACACUUUAUCUAAAGUCAAUCCUUCACAAGCACACAUGAUUGAUGGCUUUGGGAACUAUAACUUAGAGGUUGCAGGAGUUGAAGGCACUCGUUUUGAAAAUAAGUCAGUGCUCAAUCUCUACUUUCUUGAUAGUGGAGAUUACUCAAAGGUUCCUUUCAUUCGUGGCUAUGGUUGGAUCAAACCCUCUCAGCAACUUUGGUACCAACAAACAUCUGAAAAGCUUAGGAAAGAAUACAUGAAUGGACCAGUGCCACAAAAAGAAGCUGCUCCAGGUCUUGCAUACUUUCACAUUCCCUUGCCUGAAUAUGCUAGUUUUGACUCAUCAAACUUCACGGGUGUGAAACAAGAAAAAAUAAGUUCUGCUUCUGUGAAUUCUGGCUUCUUCACAACAUUGGUUGAAGCAGGAGAUGUGAAGGCGGUUUUCACUGGCCAUGAUCAUGUCAAUGACUUCUGUGGGCAGUUAACAGGUAUACAUCUUUGUUAUGCUGGGGGAUUUGGAUAUCAUGCUUAUGGAAAAGCUGGAUGGUCAAGGAGAGCAAGAGUGGUGGUAGUUAGCUUGAAGAAAACAGAGAAGAAUGGCUGGGGAGAUGUCAAGUCAAUUAAAACGUGGAAACGCCUUGAUGAUCAACAUCUAACUGAAAUUGAUGGUCAGGUCUUAUGGAGCAGGAGUUUUGGUGGCAAUCGUAGGAAAAAACAAGAUGGUGGCGCCUGAGAAUUUUGUGAUGCAAACAAGUGUUAAUAUGGUGAAGGUCAUUUUGGAAUGUCUCAUGAGAUUUCACACAUAUAUUUUUCUCAAUAGAAUCUGUUAACUGCACACGUCCUAUAAUUAGAUGUAGCACUACAAGUUAGCUUGGGUAAAGAAUAAAUAAAAGGGACGGAAGUUCAUUAACGUGGUGCAAUGAUUGUAUGAUAUGCAACUGCAACUGUUUUUACACACUUACAGAAUCAUAAUGUCUUUAAUUUGUUUCUACCUGUGGUUUCAACAUGAAGAAAGGCUUCUUUUAAAAGUUUGUAGAUGGAGUACCCCAUGAAUUGAGAGUAGAUUUCUACUUUUAUGAAUAUUUAUGCUACCUGAUAGUGAUAAUAUGUAUGCUAUAAAUUCACGAAUUUACAGAACAAUGGCAGCUGCCGUAUGCAAUUCAGCCUUUUGCACCAAUAUUUGAUGGUAUUAUAGAUUAGCUUAACAGCAUCUAGUUGGAUUGCAGAGAUAAGAGAGAAAAGAAUAUGUUACUAGCAUUUCUCUCCCAACUAUUGGUGACUUAGCUGUCUCCCCUGAAAUUUAAAUCUGGUUUGCUAUCUGAGUUGUUGCUUUGCAUAUGAUCUUGGUAGGUUUUAAAGUUGUUCAACGUGAACUGUUACUGGUGGUCAAGUAUGAUCAACAGGGGUGCAAGGUUACCGCAACUAUAUUUGUGGAGUAGUGAACAUAACAAAAAUGCAUCAAGUGCAUAAUGAAAUACGAUCAAUUCGUUAGACAAUUUAAACUUCCCACGUCUAUCCUGUUUGUUUUAAGAAUGAAAUCCUGUUGAGAGUGUUCUUAAUUGUAUUAUUUAGAUUUGAGUUAUGCUAUACAUAUCACAUGUUAUCCACAAAAAAUAUUUGGAAUUAAUGAGUGGUGCCUUAAAACUUUUUAAAC